CAAGUAUAUAAGGCGUAUUAUUUCCUGGAUUUAUGGAGAUCCUAAAAUGGACGCUAAGCUCUACAUUGCUGUAAUUCUUGUUCUCUGCCUGGCAUGGCAAGUAAAUGCACAAGUGAACUGCACAACAACUGGUGCUGGUCGUUUUGCAGAACCGAAUGACGCAACUUGUAAGAACUACACCCUGUGCGUCGCGGUGAAUACCGCCGCCGGACAAUAUUUGUCAUACAACUACGUCUGCCCAACCACAUCGCUGUUCAACCCCGCAACCUCGCAAUGCACGACGAACUACGUGUGCAACUUUACUGCUCCCGCUGACACAACCACUUCAGCAUGCACCGCGGAAGGGUUCAUAUCAGAUCCUGCUUCAACAAACUGUUCAAGCUACAUACAGUGUUUGGCAGAGAAUGGAGCUUUUACUGAAUUUCCUAUAACUUGUCCGCCUGGUUCAUUUUAUAAUCCAAAUUCUACUCUAUGUGAAACAGACUAUGUUUGUGGAUUUGCUUGUAACGCCGCUGGUAGAUUUGCUGAUCCCGCGGUCACCACUUGUAAAAACUAUUAUCUUUGUGUAUUAGCAGCCAAUGGAACAUACGCGGAGUACCUUUACACUUGUCCGUCGACAUCGGUGUUCAAUCCUAAUACAAAUGUUUGUACAACAAGUUAUACGUGUCCAACAUGAUUGAUAAAACAACAAAUUGAAUUGAUUAACUUUUCGAUAAUUUUUAUUAAAAAUUUAUGUAAUUUUGUCUUUCGGAAAUAAAAUAUUGAGCAUUA